AUGGAAGUUCAUGCAAUCUGUUGCAUUCCUCUUUCAGUUUAUAGUUCUAAAGAUAAAAUGGUGUGGUCUGUUGAUAACUCUGGCAUCUAUACGGUACGUAGUGGUUACCGCUGUCUUGUUGAAUUGUAUAUUAACGAUAUUACGAAUACUAACUAUACAGGAAUUUACAAGGAGAUUUGGGGUUUAAAUCUUCCCCCAAAAAUCAGAAUUGCUAUUUGGCGAUUUACAUAUGAGUAUAUUCCUACUGCAGUUAACCUCUACAAUAGAAGAAUAAGUUCAUCGCCAAUUUGCCCUAGCUGUGGAGAGGUCCCUGAGAAUUUUAUGCAUACUCUUCUGAUGUGUGGCCUUGCAAAAACUGUUUGGCAAUCAAUCGGUGUUGACUGGUCAAAUUUUAAUGAAAAUAUGGAUUUCUACACCUGGCUUAAUUUAGUUUUUCAAAACAGAAGGCAUGAUUUUGGUAAAAUUGCUGCAACCACGGCCUGGGCACUCUGGCAAGCCCGCAAUAAGCGCACAAUGGAAGGAAAACGACAAUCGGUCCAAGAUAUUUACUCUAUUAUUUUCAGUAUUAUAAAGGAAAUGAGGGAAUUGAAAGAUAAAAUACCUACUCCGGUGAAUGCAAUGAACUCUAUAUGGAAGCCCCCUCAAGAACCUUUUGUUAAGGUGAAUUUUGAUGCUGGGUUCAAAAUAACCCUCCACCAUUCUUAUUAUGGUUUUGUUAUCAGGAAUAGUAAAGGUUUGGUUAUGAGAAGCGAAACUAUUUUUAAUAAAUUUGUCUCCAAUUCUUUUACAGUAGAAGCUAUAGCUUGUCAAGCUUUGGAUUUCGCAAGGGAAAUGGGUUUUUCUCAUGCUCAAAUGCAGGGUGAUUCUAGGACCGCAAUUGUCAAAAUAAACCAAGUACUACCAGAUUUUUCAGAUAUGGGGACUUACAUUGAAGAAAUAAAUAUCAAAGCGAGCUCUUUUCAGCACAUCUCCUUUCACCAUGUUGAUAGACGAGCUAAUAUGGUGGCUCAUAUGUUAGCAAAAGUAAGGAUGUCGAUACCGAAAGACAGGUUUUGGGUGGAGGAUUUACCAGCGGCGGCAGAGGUUCACUUGGCUAGAGAUCUCUCGGGAUUGGUUUCUCAGAUCUGA